UGUCACAAUAGUCAGUACGUAAGGAGCUCGGUGUAUUGACACUGGCCGAUACUGCGCCGAUAUGUUUACCGUCUAAUAAUACUUGCACAUUAUCUAGUAAAUUCCGUGCAGCGUGACUGACUGCCGGACGAACGUUCUCCGAGGCAAUAUGGAUAAAGAUUGUGAGGAAAGUGACGAGAGCACUCGCCUUUUGGACAGAGGUUUUGAAAGAACUAGGAGUAGUGAAUCGUGAGUGAGUGGCAACGGCAAGUCGUCAGUGGAUAUAGUGUUUGAUAGCAGAAUGAUGAAGACAUCUACUCAAGCAGAUGAUCUCGCGGCCACGUGGGGAGGCCGGCGAUCUCUUCCCGAUUCGGGAAGGUUACGUCGGGUUCAUUCCUGGUCUGGUGGGCCACCAGAUGAUGGGGGCUCGGAAAUAAGGAUUUUGAGAGAACGGUUAGUAAGGACACAAACCAUGCCGCGGCCGGGAGCCGUGAGGCUGCUAUCGCGAAGACAGCGGCUGACACUCGCGUCCCUGGCCUUGGUGGAUUUCAUGAGCUUCUGCUCAAUGAGCAUCAUGGCGCCUUUUUUCCCUAGAGAAGCCUCCAUGAAGGGCCUCUCUGACACAAUGUGCGGAGUGGUGUUCAGUUUUUACGCGGUCGUCAUGUUUGUUACUUCCCCGGUUUUUGGGAAAUUUUUACCAAAAGUUGGUGCAAAGUUCCUGUUUACUGCGGGCAUGUUUAUGGCUGGCGCCUGCAACGUCCUGUUUGGGACACUAGUUCUAGUGGAGGACAAGACGACGUUCACUGCUCUGUGCUUCGUGGUGCGCGGACUCGAGGCUCUGGGGGCGAGUGCGUACGCGACCGCCAGCUACGUGUUUGUGGUCAACGCUUUCCCUGAGAGUAUUGGGUCGGUGCUUGGCAUCCUGGAAACCUUCGUCGGCCUUGGCAUGUCUGUGGGGCCUGCUAUUGGUGGACUGCUGUACUCGAUCGGGGGCUUCGGUCUCCCAUUCUAUUGUCUGGGAGUGGUGAUGGUGCUCACCGUGCCUAUAAACUACUUCUUGCUUAUUGACUGUGAAGAAUACGUGUAUGGAUCUAAAACUGCGUCGAUAAUGCAGUUGGUGAAGAUUCCAUCAAUCAUCAUCACUGGCUUGGUGAUAGUCAUAGUAUCCAAUACGUGGGCGUUCUUGGACCCAACCUUGGAGCCACAUCUACGCCAAUUCAACCUAUCAACAAAACAAAUCGGACUAAUUUUCCUGCUUUUCUCCAGUUUAUACGGAAUCUUCAGUCCAAUUUGGGGAUGGGUUGCAGACAGGGUCCAUAAUCACUGGUGUAUGAUGGUGUGGGGACUUUUUCUGUCCAGCAUUGGGUUGCUAUUGCUGGGGCCUUGUCCUUACAUUCCUGGCCUACCAGGUGAUUUAUGGUUGGAUCUAGUAGCGCUGUCUAUUUUGGGAAUGUCUGUGGCGUUAACUUUGCUGCCGACAUUCCAAGGAGUACUUACUAGUUCAAUAUACGAAGGUGGAUGCCCCGAAGCGUUGGCCACGUACAGCGCCGUGGCAGGGUUAUGGUCAUGCUGCUACUCGCUGGGCGAAGUCCUAGGACCAGCGCUAGGCGGCGUGCUCUCCCAGUAUUACGGGUUCCCACUGACGGCUUCUCUUUGCGCUGCAGCUUGCUUCUCCAUGGCAGUGGUCACUUUAACCUUCUUCUCACUCCGCGAGUCAGCAAAAUGGGUCCAGUGUUCAGAUUCCAUGUGCGAUUCCAUUCCUUACACGGACACCACGUGGAACAGCCAGCACUUCUGCAGAACACGAAGUGCGCCCACCAGAGUCACUGACCGCUCCCCAUUGCUCACUCCGUGCUCUUGUCUCUCUAGGAAUGAUAUCAGUUACGGAGUUUCGCCCCCAAGACACUUUUGCCUCAUGCACAAUAAGAGCAACAAAAGCGGUUCAGCAAGCGUGGCCGAUGCUAUUGCAUACUUCCUAAAAUUCCAAUACAUGACCGACAUGUACAUCAAAAUUCGGAGGUCACGGUCAAGACGCGAAACUAAUAAAUCUGAUCAAAGUCCUGAUCUAUACCAAAAUUAUUUAGGCAACGGAGACGUCAAUACUGUAGUUGAAAACGAAAUAAACAUAAAUAACAAUACAAUACCAAAGAAUAAUCAAGAUAACUAUUGCACCUAUUUGGAUAACGCCAUUUUUGGCAGCCCAGUGGUGAUGGAGAAUGUCAAUAUGGAUCACUUGGUGGUGAAGAGGAACAAUAAAGGCCUGGUGCCGAAGCUGAUGUCAUUCAGCGACGACAGAAGACCUUCAGGGGAAAUCAUACGGCACAAUCUGGAGAAAGUGCAGUUCUACGAACAGAGCCAAAGUUGCGCCACGGCUGUGGACAUUUUUGAUGGUUGUGAGUGCAGAGACGGCGUGACGUAUGUGAAGGGAACUGUUACGGUUUCAUCUGCAGGUGCCUGCGAAGUAUAGUUAGAAUUCAGU